GCCACACUGAAUCAGACGUGAUUGAGAGAGCGCCGCUGAUGCUUCGAUGUACAAAUAAAAUUUAAAUUAUUGUUAAAUGCAACGCGUUUAACGGAAAUAAAACGAAUAGUAGCGAUUUAAGUAAAAAGUGUUUUUUUUUAAAUUAAUUAACGUAAAAAACGAUAAACAAAUUAAUUUUAAAAGUGUGCAACUGCAACGAAUAAGAAAAGUGCAUUAAAGGCUGCAAGAGGCUAAAGCAAAGCAGCUUGAGUUUAAAACGGCAGGAAACCCACGGUAUUGACAAAGCCGUCUUACUGAACGAAAACUGUGCGAAAAAGUUAAUUAAAGACCAUAAAAUGGGUCUAAACGGCUGCUGUUCGUGUGUUAAAUACUUGAUGGUCCUUAUAAACAUCUUAUUUUGGCUAAUCGGCUUGACUAUUGUGCUCACCUCACUAUGGAUGCUAACGGAUCCCACGUUCAUGCUAUCGAUGACACAAUCGUAUAAUCACUAUCAUAUAGCACUCUAUGUCUUCCUGGCCAUUGGCAUAUUUAUUACUCUGGGCGCAUUCUUUGGCUGUUUGGGUGUCUGUCGCGAGUCGCAAUGUCUGCUUGUUUCGUUCUUCUGUGUGAUACUCAUUGUGAUGGUCGCACAAAUAGCAGCCGGUGCCUGGGCGUUCCACAACAGAAACAAAUUGGAUGACAUGGUUCGUGCGGCGGUCAAGUCAUCUGUGCAGGAGGAGUACGGGCAGUCCAGCAUGAGCUCACGCACCGUCACCUUCGAUACGCUACAAAAGAAUUUGAAAUGCUGCGGAGCCGAUGGACCUGGCGACUGGGCCACGAGUCGUUUCAAUAAUGUGGAUCGCACGAAUAUCGUCGAUAUUGCCGUAUCCUCCAUGAAUGUGCUCUACAAUAUACCAGAAUCAUGUUGCAAAGAGGAUAUCAAGGACAACGAGUGUGAUAAGUGGCGCAAUUUGAAAUUUGGUGGCCCAUUAAACACGUAUAUUUAUCAGCAGGGCUGCGUUGAUAAGCUGAUUGAAAUUAUCUAUGAAAACUGGGUCACAAUCUUUGCUGUUACUGCGGCUGUCAUUCUGCUGGAGCUGCUCUCGUUGACCUUCGCCCUGAGCCUGUGCUGUGCGGUGAGGAAUCAGCACUACAAGGCCUGAGAAUUACAGAAUUCCCAUAGGGAAAUAACAGACGAUGAGAAGUACUAACAAACCAAAUGUGAACUGCUGAAGCAUAGGCGUUACUAAAAACAACAACAAUUGGUGCGACAGAAAUGCAUUUAGCACUGACAGCAAAUAGCGAACGGCAAACAGCAAACUGUUGGCACUUUGCAAUAGCUGUAAGCAAAGGCUGUAGCUGGCUAGGUUUUUAGAGGCUGUCAGUCCAUGCAAAUACUUUAAAACAAACACUUUUGUAGUACUUUAAUAAGCAACAAACUGAGCAAUUGUGGACGAUUUGAAGAUGACAGAGAGUCAAGAAAAUUGAACGAACUUUAUAUGAACUUGAUACGCAACAAUUUUUCUAAAAUAUUUCUAUAUUGAAAUCAAACGGAAAACAAAUCUCAUUUUACACUAGCAAACAAAAUAGAAAACUUAACGUAAAUCAAUACAAAACAGCAGUAAAUUCCUUAAUAUUAGGAUAAAUCUAACCGCAUAAGGAAAAAAGUUUCAAAUUAAAGAAAGCAUAAUGUUUAGAAACAAAAAUAAAUAUAGUACGACACAAGCAUACUAUAUACAAAUCGUACAUUAGCUAUUUAAGCACAAAAGUAAAAAUUGAUUUGCCAAAAAAAUGGAAGUUUAAAUGCAAUCAUAGAUUUUGUUAGAAAAUACACACUUUUGAAUCGUAUGCCAAUUAGUGUACGCACAAUUUAGGAAGAAUCUAGCGAAGGAGCAUUCCAAAAGUGAAAACGUUUAUGUCAAUGCCCACAUUAAGUUCUGAUUCGGUGUUGCCAUCCAAAGAUCCAAACCCAAAAAAUUGGAAUUAUUUCUCUUGUGUGAAAUCAUGUGCUAAAGUGAAUAGUUAAAUAUUAGACGAAAUUUGUUGAGCUUCACGAAAUUAAAUGCCAAAUAAUUUAUGUAUUUACCAAAACAAAAUUUGUUUUAACAUCGAGUGUUAAGUAACAGCGCACUGUUGACAACAUAACAUUAGCUGCCAUUCAAAGCGCUGCUUUCGUUCAAGCACUGUUAUUAAACAUGCUGUUAGCUAACAGCUCUCUGUAAAAUACCCUGCCAUUUAUUGAAUACAUUCAAAAUAAAACUGUCAACCUUUUCAUACAUACUUAUGACGAACUAAAUAUUUUUCGAAUCAACAUAUAUAUAAAUUAUUUAUUAUUUAAUUUAUUCAAGUACAAUUACUAUGUAACCUAAACAACUAUUAAUGCAAGUACGUAAUGAAUUUAUAUUUAUAUUAAACCUCGAGAGCCCAUACAUACAUCCAAUGCAUAUAUAUUUACACAUACAUAUGUAUAUAUUUUUUGUACCAUGUAUUUUUCAUUUCUCAUAAAACCGAAAAGCAAAAACGAAUUUUGUAUUUUUAUUGUUGUUAAAUGAAUUUUGUUGUUAGUUAAUGGUAAUGAGCGUCAUACUUUGUACCCUUCGCAACGUUCAAGUUAAUCAAAU